CCGCAUAUAGGCCCAGCCUGCAGCAAUACAGCGGGCCAAAGACAGCAAGAGGGUGCGAGAUUCUGACAGGCCGUCCGCGGCGGGGGCCGAUGAGAUUCCCGCGCGCGGCCGAGUUGGCGUGCUCGCGUCCCUCUUCUUCUUUGGCCCUGCCCCAGACAGGCUCACUCCUGGUUCUGAUUUGGAUCCGGCAGAUCUAGUGGAGAGGAGGUGCGGGAGAUGUUCGAUUUCAUCUUCAGCGUCCUGGUGGGCACCGCCCUGGGCGCCUACAACCGCAAUGCCAUGAAGCCCUGCCUCGAUGAGACCUUCGCUGCCGCUGUGAGGACCGUGAGGGAGAAGCUGGCCGGAGAGCACCAGGCGCACGGGGCAGGAGCGCACCACUCGCAGCCUCCCGACCACAAGGCGGCGAUCUCGUCUCAGGUGAGCGCGCUGGCCGGCAAGGGGGGCAACCUGAACUUGACCUGAGCCAGAGGCAGGGGCUGGAUCCCGUGCGAGGGGGAGGCUGGCGUCUGUGAAAGACGAGGCAAUCCUACGAUGACCCCGCGGCGGCGUGUGGGGCGCUACGACAGACGUGCCUGUGCCCCCAUGCUCUCCGCCAGAGCGGCGGCGAAUCGGCGACGCAGGCUCCUUUUCCGCUUCCCUUUAUCCUCGUCCCGGUUUCGUCUUACUGCAGCUCUCGCCUUCGCCGUGGUCUCUCCGCAUUGAGUCGAGCCGAUGCCGUGUGCAUAUUAGGAAUUCGGUGCGCUGGAUUUUUCGUGGGAGGCGAGUCCACUCUUUCGCGUGCUCACUGGAAGGCCAGUAGCGCAGAUCGUGGACUUUGCGCAGCCGCCCCCUUCUUCUCUCCUGGGCUCGACUCGCAGCAUCCGCAGCUCUGACCUCUUGGGGCACAUUUGCCAGUCGGCCCGCCAACUCGCGCCUGCAACUCACGAUAGGGCCAUCCUUGCCAUAAUGCGUGCCCCUCACUGGUCCUCGCAGCUCUGUGUAGCGUCUUUCCC